AUGUUGAAUAAUGUUCCAACAUUAGGAGAAAUACUGGUCUCUUAUUUAAAAGUAAAUAAAUCUGAAAGCGAAACUGAUCAACGUAAAUCUGAUAUACCUGAAAUGUUAGACAGCUGCUAUGAUUGCCUCACAGCUGUAUGCCGAACAUCAAAUGGCAGAAAGACACUGGUGGAAAACCAGACUGUCUCCCAACUUUGCACUUGUUAUAUAGAAGCUAAUUAUGGCAAUGAGAGAGCAUUGGAAGUUCUACAAUUGCUAGGUUCCACGUCUGGGCCCAAGAUUUGGAAGAAAAAUGAAAAAGGUUUACAUCACUUGUUGGAUUUCCUUUGUAAAAAAUUUUCUGAAAGCAAGGAGUUGGAAAAAUUCACCUAUUGUGAUAAGCUAUCCAACAUUCUAACAAGUGUCUCCACAGAUUUUAUUCCAAAGAACUCCCAUUCAUGGCCCCAAGACUUGGUAAAAACAUUAGUAGAAUUAAUCUGUUGUCAAUUAGGUCAGAAACAGCGUGAGUCUACUCUGAUAUUAGUAUCAGUGGUGGCUGAAAGUCUUGGAAUAGAAUUCCUGAUACCACCAAAUACUAGUGAUAAUCGACCACUCCUCUUAGCAGUUAAUUUAUGCUCUGUUGAAAUUGGGAUGCUUUUUCCAUUUUCUCCUAUUGAACAGAUUUUGGAAAAGGUUCAUUUACUGUGUGGCUACUUUAGUCUUGUUGAAAACACCAUAAAAUUUCUUGUCAGUAGUGAAGAAGGUCCUCCUUUGGAUGCCAACCAAAUUAUUCAGAUUCAUUCUUGCCUUAAAGAGACCGUAAAAUGUGUCAUGAUAUUCCUUAGUGACACUGCCAAAGCAGAUAACUCUCUCAAGGCCACAGAUCCAUUGAUACAGGCUUGUGUCCGACUUGUUGGAAUGUGGAUGAGAGAAGAAAGAGAAUCUUUAGAAGAAGAAAUCUCUCAACUUCUCCCUGUUUUAUUAACUUUUAGUGAGGAUUUAUUGAGUUUAGUUGAAGAAGAAAAGCUGACUCCAGAUAAUGUGGUUGUACUGACUUUUCUUUUCGAGGGCCUGUGUCAAUUAGGCAGUGAUAGGGAAGGUCGAGAAUUAUUGUUACGAUAUCGAGCACACAUUCCAUUAGGUCAGUAUUUGUUGCAAGGAUUAAACCAACUACACCAAACAGAUGAAAACACUCAGUUGUGUGUAGAAGUUAUGUGUGAUCUUCUUGUACAACUGAUAGAAUCGGAUGCAACAAUGAUAGCUUCAGAGCCAUUGUAUAUUAGUGUAAUGCACAAACUCUCCCAAGUAUUGUCUAAUAUUGUAUUUGAAAGUGAAUCAGUAAGUCUUGGAGCUGCCGUAUCAUUACUGGGUUUGAAUCUUUUACAGCUUCCUCUCUUGGCCAAAGAACUUGAAGAAGAUAAGCAACAAUUAUUUUUGAAGACUGUCAUUAUUUUUCUUAGUCGUGUCCAUGUUCUGUCAACUGGUUCAACUAAAAGCAAUAAACUGCUGAUCAGUGAAGACUAUUUGCCCCAUUGGGAAGAUAUUUCUACUUAUUGGCUCUCUGCUAUGCAUGUACUGAGUGCAUGUGUGAGCGUACACCCAAAACUGAUUGUUACUCAGUUGUUACAAAGUGGUUGGAUUCCACGAAUGCUCAAAUUAUUACAUCUUGUACAAAAAGCAAGCAUUUCAUCUGAAAUCAGCUCUGCUUACUUAGACCUAUUGUAUGCAAUAGCAGAUGCAGAGGAGAUGGCUAAAGCUAUCCUUUUGGAAGGUGAAGGAGUUUCUGUAGCAAAGAAAUUUGGAUAUUCCAAACUGCAGAAAAUACUGGAGCAGUAA